CUCUAUAAAGUUACUCUUGUAUUCAUUAGCUUCUCAAAAGGCCCUUUUUGUGAAAAGAAAGGAAGGAAAAAAAUGAGGCGUUUCUCUUCAUUUUCCAAGAUUAUCAUCACUUUUCUGGUUCUGUUUCAUAGCACAAUUAUGGGUUCUAACGAGCUCAUCCAACUCUCUUGCAAGAAGGCUUCACAAGGAGAUCCAAAUUUGAGCUACAAGUUUUGUGUUUCAAGCCUUGAGGCCAACGCCAAAGGCCAUAGCUUAGACCUUCAAGAACUAGUCGUCAUCUCACUCAACCUCACCAUAGCCAAUGCCACAAACAUCAACUCCACCAUUUCAAACCUUUUGAAGGACAAAGCAUUUGACAACUUUGCAAAGGAACGCUUGCGAGGCUGCUCCGAGCUCUACGCUGACGCCAUUCCUACCCUACAAGAAGCUCUUUGUGCUUUUCAGUCCAAGGACUUUGCUAAGGCCAAUAUAGAAGUGAGUUCUGCAAUGGAUGCUUCUUCUACAUGUGAAGAUGGCUUCAAGGAGAAGAAAGGUGAAGUGUCUCCAUUGAGAAAGGAGAAUGAUGUUUUCUUUCAACUGAACGCCAUUUCUCUUGCUUUUAUCAACACUCUGGCUUCAAUAUAGACGUUCUUUAGCCUUAACUAAGCAGUAUAUAUAUUUCCACAACAAAUAAGCCAACAUAAGCUCGGCAGCCAGUAAUUGUUCUUUGUGUAUGUAUAUAUAUAUAUAUGCAAAUAUAUAAUCUGAUUUUUUACGCUGUGUUUGUAAAUUGUAAGUGCUUUUGAUAAUGACAAUUUGUUUCCCCAA